AUGGGGAGGUAUUCUCCGUCAAAGUUGAGGAGUAACAUCUCAACCACUGUGGAGACUUUGGAUAGAAUUUACAAUCUAGACUGGUUUAGUAGUGCCUCAAAGAAUGAGUGUACAGCUACAGUAGGGUUAAAGUGGAUCCUUAAUCAGUCUAGAGUAAAAGCUCUAUCUAGGACUAUAAAUCUGCCACAUAAUAAUGAAACUUAUAAGAUUUUCAGAGUCUUGAAAAAGACUUUGAAGGAGGGCGAGGGAUAUGAGCGCCCUAAUGAUGGGACUGUUGUUCAAGUGAAACUUACUGGGAAAUUACAUGAUGGAAUUGUGUUUACUCGAAAGGGCCAUGAUGAUGGGAAGCCAUACGAGUUCAAAAUCAAUGAAGAGCAAGUUAUCGAUGGUCUUGAUCGAGCUGUAAAGAAUAUGAAGAAAGGGGAAGUUGCUUUGGUGACUAUUCACCCCGAGUAUGCUUUUGGCUCAUCUGAUUCGUCACAGGAUUUGGCUGUUGUUCCAGCUAAUUCUGUUGUUUACUAUGAAGUUGAGCUCGUCUCCUUCGUUAAGGGAAAUGAAUCUUGGGAUAUGAACACACAGGAGAAGAUCGAAGCCGCGGGGAAGAAAAAGGAAGAAGGCAAUGCCUUGUUCAAGGCUGGUAAAUAUGAAAGAGCCUCAAAAAGAUAUGAGAAGGCUGUCGGUUUCGUCGAAUAUGAUUCUUCCUUCAGUGAUGAAGAGAAGCAACAAGCAAAGGUGCUGAAAAUCACAUGUAAUCUUAACAAUGCAGCUUGCAAAUUAAAACUCAAAGACUACAAGCAAGCAGAGAAACUUUGCACAAAGGUUUUGGAUCUUGAUAGUAAGAAUGUGAAAGCUCUGUAUAGAAGAGCUCAAGCAUACAUUCAACUGGUUGACUUGGAUUCGGCAGAGAUUGAUAUCAAAAAAGCUCUUGAGAUUGAACCAGACAACAGAGAUGUGAAAAUGGAGUACAAAUUGUUGAAAGAAAAAGUGAGGGAAUACAACAAGAAGGAUGCACAAUUCUACAGCAACAUAUUUGCAAAGAUGAACAAGUUUGAGCAAGUCAAAUCAAAUCAGGGAAAGGAAGAGGCAAUAUCCAUGACCAUUGACAGCAAAGCUUGAUAAUGAUGAUGAAGAUGAUGGUAUAUUCUUAGGAGUUAAUACAAAAUGUGUGUGUGUGGGUUCAUUGAUUGGCAUAUAAUGAAAUGAAAUGAGAGUGGUUUAAUUGUAAUGAGUCAAAGCUUAAGUUUUAGUGUUUAUGCCAAUACUCAUUGUAAU